UCUCCAUUCCUCUCGAUUCUUAAACUCUCGUUCAACGCAGCACCUUUUCUCCUUUUCAACACAACACGUUGUUUAGUGUUUGAUAUAAUUAACUAGCUAGUACUUACAUAUAUAUAUAUAUAUAUAUAUAUAUAUAUUUCUGCUUGAUCUUCUUCUUCUUCUUCUGAUUUUUUUCGAUUACAACUUCUUCUUCUGAUUUCUCUCCACCAAAACCAGAACAAACAAACAUGGUGGUUGCCUCUCCAAACCUGAUUCGAAACGAGAAGAUCCAGGUCGUCGAUCUCCCCGUCAUCGACCUUUCCGCCCCACGCUCAGUGGUCUCAAAGCUCAUUGUGAAGGCCUGUGAAGACUAUGGUUUCUUCAAGGUAAUAAACCACGGCGUUCCCCAAAAAGUCAUAUCCAGAAUGGAGGAAAAGGGUUUUGCCUUCUUCUCCAAAACGGUGUCUGAGAAGCAACGUGCCGGGCCGGUCAACCCAUUCGGCUACGGUUGCAAGAACAUAGGCAACAAUGGCGACAUGGGUGAGAUUGAGUACCUUCUGUUCAACACAGACAACGCAUCCAUUGCUCAAAGGUCCAAAACCAUCUCAGAAGAACCAACCAAAUUCAGCUCUGCAGUGAGCGAUUACAUUGAGGCAGUUAGCGAUUUGGCAUGUGAGCUUUUGGAGGUGAUCGCCGAGGGGCUGUGGGUCCCGGACACGUCGGUGUUCAGUAGGCUCAUCAGGGACGUCGAGAGCGACUCGGUUUUCAGAAUCAAUUACUACCCUCCAACGUCAUCGUCGCCAACCUCCAAGGUCGGAUUCGGGGAGCACACUGACCCUCAGAUUUUGACUCUCCUCAGAUCCAACGAUGUCGGCGGCCUCCAAAUAUCGCCGCAGGACGGUGUAUGGGUCCCGGUGCCGUCCGACCCCGCUGCCUUCUGUGUUAAUGUGGGUGACGCUCUGCAGGCGAUGACAAAUGGAAGAUUUGUGAGCGUAAAACACAGAGCUUUAACCAACUCCUUCAAGUCAAGAAUGUCGAUGGCGCUUUUCUCAGGCCCUCCUCUAAAUGCAAGCCUGACAGCUCUCCCAGAAAUGGUCACACCAGAGAACCCUCUUAUCUACAAACAAUUCACUUGGGCCGAGUACAAGAAAACGACUUACUCUUUGCGCCUUGGCGACAGUCGUCUUAAUCUCUUCAGAAUCUCUUAAUUUAUGAAGAAAGUGUGUUCUAAGCAUGCAGCAGUAACUUAAGCUAGCUAGUUUAAUAGUUCUAAAGGUCAAGUUCUUUAUCCUUAGUUUUUAUUUUUUUUUCUGCUUUGCAUGCAGGUACAUUUUCCCUAAUUUUUGUUGCGAAUUACGAACUCACGGAUUUUGCUAGUCCACACUCUACACUUAGGGAUGGAAAAUGGGUAGAUGUACUUAUCAGUCUCGUUAAUACAAAAGGAGAAAGUAAAAUAAAGAGUUACAUAUGUGUUCUUCAGAGUUCAGAGUUCGGUCAGAUUCAUGACUCUAUUCUUGCUAUAAUUGACCUGAAAAUGAUACAUCAACGGUCAACUAGUAAUAGCAAAUUGCUUAGGAUUCUCUGUGGAUGAUGUAAUUUGAAUGAUA